GGCGUAGCCAUGCGACGUGCUCUGACUAUAACACGCCCACUUCCCGUAAAACAGAAGUGAAAGCAAAAAGAGCCCGAUCUCAGAGCCAGGAGACGCCCGACGCACGACCACCUAUCUGGGUACAGACACUUCCGUAAAGAUUCUACAAACAUGGAGGACUCAAAUACUCGAAGAAUUGUCCUGAUUGGCAAAAGUGGCAGUGGAAAAAGCAGCCUGGCCAACACCAUUUUCGGAGCUCAAACUUUCGACGUGAACCACAGCAGUGACUCUAGAUCUAAAUUCUCCCAGGCCCAAACUAGAACUGUGAACGGACUGAAGUUGACAUUGAUUGACACCCCUGGUAUUUUCAACACCGACCGCUCCAGUGACGAAAUUCAGUGUGAGAUAUUUAGCUGUUUGAUCCAAUGCUCGCCCGGACCCCACGCCUUUAUUUUCGUACUUUUGGUGGAGAAGUUUACAGAGCAAGAACAAGCCAUCGUCGAUCAAAUUCAGACGCAUUUCGGUGAUGAGGUUUUCAAAUACACCACGGUAGUCUUCACUCACGGAGACCAGCUGCCCGAAACGAUGAAAAUUGGUGAGUUCGUGGCUCAGAGCAAAGGGCUGAGCGAAUUGGUCCGGAAAUGUGGUAAACGCUGCCAUGUGAUUGACAACAAGUACUGGAAAAACACCAAGCAAAAUGAAUAUCGAAGCAACACGUUUCAAAGGAGAGAGAUCCUCAGUUCAAUCGAUAUGACGUGUCAACAAAACAACAAUGGCUUCUUCAUUAAUUCGAAGUUACAGCAAGUGGAAGCCGAUAUUCGAAAAGAGCAAGAACGUAUUCGCAAGUUGAGAGGCAAUUUCUGCGGAGGAGAGCAGAGAUGAAGCAAAGCAAAUAGUCCUUCAAAAAUUCAUACAAACACAGCAACGAACGCGCUAUCUGAAAUAUAUAUUAAUUGGUGCUGGUUUUUCCGUUGUCUCGUAUAUUCUGAUGGCUCAAAUGGUAAGUUUUUUCAGAGGGGGUAAAGUGAUGUCAGGGUCAGGCCCAGGUGCAAAUGAGGCGCUGGUUCCUUCAGUGGUGGAGGUGGUACAGGAAGUAGUGACACCGAUAAAAACUACUUUAGAUUACAUCAUAGAAACCAUAGAAGCAGUGCUCAAAAGUAGCAUGUGGUCUAACUCCAACAAGACGCAGCCCAUGUAAGACAGACAAGAGUUAUCGUGAUCAAAAAUACAACUUAAAAUUAUUUAAAGGACCCAUAUUUUUCUGUGUACUGAUAUAUGUUACCAAAAGCAUACCCAGAGUUGUAUUUUGUUUCAUUCACACAGGUUUAACACACAAACCCUGUAUAUUUAUGAUGUCAUGUGGUAAUAUAAUAAGAGCUCCACUGUGUUUUUAAACUCCAGACUCCUUUACUUGAAUCAUCUGGAUGAUUUCAGGCCUGGAAUUGCCAAUCUCUACUGAGCUAAAGGUAAAAGGAGCUAUUAACUUGAAAACUACCACUACAUGACAUCACAAGGUGGAACACAGCAUCUUGAGCUCUGGAGAUGUAGACAGACUAAAUAAUAAAGAGUUACUCAAACACAUGUGAAUGAAACAAAACACAACUCCAGGUAUGUUUUUGAGGAGGUAAAAGCAUUAUAACAUGUCUUAAACAUCACAAGAGUCGAUCUGUAGCUCUUCAAACAAAUAAAAUACAAAAAAAAAAAACAGCUAAUCUUGUAGUUUAGACCUCUACAAACGUGUUCUGCAAUGCACAAGAGUCAUCUGUUAAUUCACCAGUUCAUAUUUCAGUCUUAUGUCAUUGUUAUUGCUUCCCAAAAAAGUAUAUAAAUUACAAAUGGAAUCACAGUGUCAUUUUUAUCAAACCGACUGAGGGGAUAAAACACCACAUUGUAAAGAGAUUCAUUAUGGUUUGUAAAAUUCAGUUUUAUUCUGUCUGUGUAAUUGAUAUGUCUCAGAUAAGUUGUCAAUGUGAUUAUUUGAUGUUCCAUUAAUCAUUUAAGGUUUUUCAGUAUGUUUUUUUUUUUUUUUUUUUUUUUUUAACCUGAUCACAAAAAAAAAACAACAGUGAUUUUAUUUCCUCUGAAUAAAAUAAAUGAAUAAAUGACCAAAUAAAAGAACCAGUGAACUUUGCAUGUGUUCUAUGAUUAAUGUCUCACAAAAAACAUUGGUGAAAAUUAGCAUGGGGGAUCUGUCACCAUAGAGACUUAAUUGCUUUGCCUGUAAUGUUUCUUAGUGUGGCAUUAAACCUGUCUUGCAUUUA